UGUUCUGUGUUACUGAUGCUCGGCUGUGUGUGUGUGUGUGUGUGUAGCAGCUUUAACACACCUGCUUUCACGACACAAUCCACGGACUCGCUUCACGUUUGUUAGCGAAGCGCCGGAGGCUAAAGACGAGCGAAGCUAAUCGGGGACAUGUGUGAAGAUCUACUCCUGAGGACGAAGCAGCUGAAGUCACCUUCAUGGAGCCCCAGAAAGAAAUCCGCAUGGUGCCCGACAUGGGCAAGUGGAAACGAUCUCAAGCGUAUGCUGACUACAUGGGCUUCGUCCUGACCCUGAACGAAGCUCUGAAGGGAAAGAAGCUCGGGUGUGAAUAUAAAGUGUCCGAGACAGUGGAGAAGUUACUCGACCUCUUGGAGACUCUGGACCGGUGGAUCAACGAGACGCCUCCCGUCGAUCAACCGUCCCGCUUCGGUAACAAGGCCUACAGGACCUGGUACGGCAAGCUAGACCAGGAAGCAGAGGCCUUGGUGUCGGCAGUGAUCCCUGCUGAUAAAUGUGCCGCAGCCGCAGAGAUCGCCACCUACCUGAAGGAGUCUGUGGGGAACCCCACCAGGAUUGACUACGGAACAGGUCAUGAAGCUGCGUUCGCUGCGUUCCUCUGCUGCCUCUGUAAGGUCGGAGCACUGAAGGGAGACGAUCGACUGGCGAUUGUUUUUAAGGUUUUUAACAGGUAUCUGACGGUGAUGAGGAAGCUGCAGAGAACCUACAGAAUGGAGCCGGCCGGAAGCCAAGGUGUGUGGGGGCUGGACGACUUCCAGUUCCUGCCCUUCAUCUGGGGCAGCUCCCAGUUCGUAGAUCACCCGACGCUCGAGCCUCGACACUUCAUCGACGAGAGGGUCGUGAACGAGCAUCACCACGACUACAUGUUUCUGGACUGCAUCAAGUUCAUCAACGAGAUGAAGACGGGUCCGUUUGCCGAACACUCCAACCAGCUGUGGAACAUCAGCGCCGUUCCCUCCUGGUCCAAAGUCAACCAGGGUCUGGUCAGAAUGUACAAGGCCGAGUGUCUGGAGAAGUUCCCGGUGAUCCAGCACUUCAAGUUCGGCAGCCUGCUGUCCAUCCAGCCGGUGACCCCGUGACUGACGCUCACGGAGGAACGAACGCCGACGACGCCCACGAUGAAAAGACCAAAAUCCUUUUCCUCCCCUUUCUUAUUUUUUCUUCCGUCAUCCUCAACGUGCAAACACCACAGUAGCAAAGAUCGCACCACGCAAAACCCCUCAUGUUCACGCGUGUGGUCGUGAAAGCUUCAAAAUUCAUCCACAACAAAAUGCAGAGCAGGUUGAGGGUUUGGGGAGAAUCUUCCGUUCCUUUUUGUGUGUUCAUGCUUGAAUUUACCUCAAACUUCAAUCAGGACGCGAGUCGACUCGUUCACAGAGCGAGAAAAUAAAAUCAAGACUGUGUGAAAUCUUUUGUUAAUAGUUUUUGCUUCCAAAGGCCAAAUGUUUUCAUUUUAGUUGCAACUUUUCCUGUGGUUUAAUUAAGCACUUCCUUUUUUUAUCAGUUCAGUUGUGCUCAACACUGUAAAUUGACAAACUUUAUUUGAAUAAAUUCUUGUUUGUG